UGUGCGGCAGUGACAGCGUUAAAAUCGCUCAUGCCCGAGUCUCCACCUUCUAUGUAAAUGACAGCGUGAGUGAGUGGGACCCGAGGCGGAGAGCUCUUACUGAAUGAGGCUGACGGGGAGGGGGGGGAGUUGCCUUCACGGACGUGUGUGUGCGCUCACAAUAAUAAGGAGGUGUGGGUCCGCUCUCUACUGUGCAUGUACCCGGAGCAGAGCAGCGAUAGGCUACCUUUUGGAUGCAAUCAUGUCACGAGCGCUGGGCUGUGCCACGAGAGCAUCUGAAUAAUCCACACCGGCGAUACGCGCACGGCAGAGGACCAAAGCGAUGGGUGGCCAGAUAACGCGAAAUGCCUUUUACGACUCCCUUGGUGGCCCAUUCCCGUCCACGUCACAUCGAUGUCACCACAAACCCAAGAGGUGCCUGCCUAUCCACUGUGGCAGUGUCGGUGGGCCUCUCCCCAUCAGCCCACUUCUAUUCCAUCCAAAUGCCAAGGGGUCCCAAAUUGUCAUGGACCUUGCCCAGAAGACAGUAAAGAGGCAGGCCAGUUUCUGCAAUGCCAUCACCUUCAGCAACAGGCCCAUUGCGCUCUAUGAGCAAGUCCGCCUCAAGAUUACCAAAAAGCAGUGCUGCUGGAGUGGGGCUCUGCGUCUGGGCUUCACCGCUAAAGACCCCUCCAGAAUAAACCCAGACAACCUUCCCAAGUACGCUUGUCCUGACCUGGUGUCUCAGAGUGGCUUCUGGGCCAAGGCGCUGCCUGAGGAAUUUGCCAACGAGGGCAACGUCAUCGCCUUUUGGGUGGACAAGAAAGGGAGAGUCUUCUACCGCAUUAACGAGUCCAGUCCCAUGCUGUUCUUCAGCGGGGUCCGCACGGCCGAGCCCCUCUGGGCCCUCAUUGAUGUUUACGGCCUGACCCGCGGCGUGCAGCUGCUAGACAGCGAGAUUGUUCCUCCAGACUGCCUGCGUCCACGCUCCUUCACCACGGUGCGCUCCUCCUCUCUGCGGCGUGAAGCGGACGACUCGCGCCUGUCCGUCAGCCUGUGCGACCUCAACCUGCAGCAGGAGGACGGUGGCUCAGCCCACAGCCGCUCCCACCGCCACACCCUCCACCUGUCCUCCACCUCCUCCUCCUCCAGCUGCCCCAUCCCGCAGAACUCCCUCAACUCCCAGCAGUCCUCCCUCCUGCCGUCCACCCUGGAGAGCGACCUCCACUUCCACCAGCUGCGCGGCGCCCACAUUAAGACGCUGGACGAGCAGACGGUGGCACGAUCUGAGCAUGCGCGCGAAGAGCGCACGCUGGUCUUCACGAACCGGCCCCUGCGCAUCGGCGAGACCGUGUUCAUCAAAGUCACCAAGUCGAGCCCGGCGCGCUCGGGCUCUCUGUCCUACGGUGUGACGUCCUGCGACCCGGCGGUGCUGCGCCCCAGCGACUUGCCCUACAACCCCGAGGCCCUGGUGGACAGGAAGGAGUUCUGGGCGGUGUGCCGAGUGCCGACGCCUCUACAGAGCAGUGACAUCCUGGGCUUCUUGGUCAACCAGGAGGGGGAGGUCAUCCUCAGCCACAACGGCACCAACGUGGGCAUGCAGGUGUGCGUGGACAACUCCCGCCCGCUGUGGAUGUUCUUCGGCUUGCAUGGCGCAGUGACACAGCUGAGGAUUCUGGGCUCCACGCAUCUCGGGGAUCCGCGGGCCACGUCAAAUCCCAGCUCGCCCUCCUCCUCUCCGCACACCCCCAGCGCCCUGGGAAGUGGCAUCUCUGAUCCGGUCCUGAACGGAGGCCUGUGCUCAGCCGCUUACUGCAGCUCAGCGGGGGGAACAACUCCGAAUUCUCCGGCCAGCCUCCCCAAGUCACCCACGUUCCCGUCCGGCCGCGGGCCUUGGUCCGACGAGUGCUCCAUCUGCUACGAGAACACCGUGGACACGGUCAUCUACGCCUGUGGGCACAUGUGCUUGUGCUACACCUGCGGCCUCAAACUCAAGAAGAUGUCCAACGCCUGCUGCCCCAUCUGCAGGAGGCAGAUUAAAGACAUUAUCAAGACCUAUCGCAGCACGUAAGGGAACAGGGGCGACAGGACGGCCUCAGCAAAACCCAGGGUUACAAAAAGAAAGGUUUAGGUUCAGAGAAUACGAACUCUGGUACUCUGAUUUGGUAUUUUCAUACAAAUAUUGGUGGCUGGUUUUCUCACGUGACCUUUUCCAGAGUUAAUGCCACUUCACUGGGAAGGUCUCUCUCUCUUUAGAGUCACAGCCUCCAACAGGAAGUUCGACCAAACUCUAUUCUUGCCAGAAGUGUUUGCUUUCUCCGGGGCUGGUGGAAGACUUUGAAAGAAGAGGGGAAAAAAACGAACCAGCUUCAAAAUUCUUUGAUUUGUUGAACUGUGUCGUAAGAUUUAGAAACUAUCGCCCAUUUGCACCAAAGCAGAUGAGUCCCUUUGGGUCUGAAUGUCUCAAUAGAUCUUUUCGAGGAUGACCGAAGCUCUGAAAUAUGCCGUCAACGUGAUUUACGACUUAAAUGGUCUCAGAAAAAGCACACCCGCUGCAGGUAAUCAUCUCAGUACGUCACAACUUGUGUCUGUGUGUUACUGAAGCUCAGUCUGCAUCACAGUGCUGAAGUGAUGGACCUCUGUUAGUGUUGUGGUGAUUAUCAGUGAGUGACGUGUCUAGCGACGCAAGGCGGUGCUGAGUAUUUUAAGUAGGAUUGUAAGACCUCUUGUACUCAUAUAAUCUAAUGUACCUUUCUGGUAGUUUUACUGCAAACGUUGGUGGUAGCUAUAUUGUUGUUCUAGCUAGCUGCUUGCUCUGCAAUGUGGUUUGUUGCACUGAAAUCUGCAUCAUCCUCUCAGAAAAGCCCCAAAACUGACCGAGAGGACCAAGACAUUGGCUGAAACAAUCUACAAGCCAUAGACUGUAUAUAAAAGAGGGACGUAGCCAGGUUAAUGUGUGAAAUUCAGUUUUGAAGCCACAGCGUUAGCGUUUUUAGCUUUGUUUUUAACUUUAAAAAUUGAGCAGAGUGGGGGGAAACCACAGAGUACACACUGAUGACUGAUGAUUUGUCAAUCAUGAAGUGGCCCCGCCCUCAUUUAUAGUAUGCUGUUUUAUUUUAGCCCACAUGGUGCCUUUUGCACUGACAUAAAACUACUGAGAACAUGAAUUCAUCAGGAUUUUAAUCUGCCGGCGCCUGUUGUGCCAGGUUUAAGUCACUUCUGCAGUGGCUUUACUUUAACACCUGCACGCUACAUGCAUCUUUUUAUAUACAGUCUAUGCUGCCAACCUGCAUCCAGCAGACUCGGCAGCUCUGAAUUCUUGAAAGGAAACAGGAAGUGGGAAAUAAACAGCAAUUUGGAUACUCCUCAGGGCCUGCUAUCUUUUCUAAGAACCAUCCUCCCAAACUGUACCUAUAUAACCCUGCCUAAUACACUGUGAGUGCUCACGACAAAUUGACAUGUCCUCACAAAUAGCUCCCAUAACACCACGUAAAAAAAAAAUCAAAGGAUUGUUGCCAUGGUUUCCUGCCUUAUCUCACAGAAGGUUCAUUCGUAGAUGGACCGUGUUCUGUGCUUCCCCAAACCCCCAAUGAUUUACCAAAUAAUGCUGUUGUGUGGCACAGACUGUCACAAAAUGUUCACUCAGAGGAGAAAAAGCACACAUUCAAAGCUAUUUUUCUAAUAGAAAUGCACAACAUUUCCAGUAUUUGAUUAUUAAAAUGUAUACUAAGCUUUGUGACAGGACUUUCACCAGCAGCAGAGACAUUUUACAGAAAUCUCUUCAGGGGAAAAGAAAAAGCUCAGAUUUUAAGUAUUUGUAUCAUUUCUGUCCCCUAACUUGAGUAUAAAACGUCUUCGUCCCCUUCAGAUUUCACAGAUGAGCUUUUUCCUCACAGGAAGCUGAGAGGCUGUGUUUUUUGUAGAUAAUCAACAAACGGGGCUCAGACCUAUGCUGCUACGGUGUUUGCCAGCCGACGUGACGUUGCACACGUCCUUCCUCCCACGUCAGUUUGAUUACGCUACUGCUUGAAGUGUUAAUUCACAUUUGAAUGUUAACUUAUGUAUUUAGAGAGAUUUUUAUUGAUGUGCUUGAAUUGGGGAAAAAAACAAAACUUUUCUGUGUUCUUUUAAAGUUUGGAUCGAUAAUCACGCGUUUUCUGUUUUCUUCACCUCGUUUAUCCAAAACUGCGAGAGCCUAACUUUGUGUCCGGUAGUGAGCAGGUAGUUUGUCGCACCUCGCAGCAGAGUUGUUGCCGUACACAAUCAAACCCCGAUCGCCGUGAGGUGCAAGAUACCAGCUCCUGCUUUUAUUGCUCUCCCUGAUCGUCACGUGUUCUUUUAAGUAAUUUCUCUUCCUGUGCGCGCGCCCGUGUCCACGACCCAACAGCCCGUCUUAUCUUUAGCUCGUUCGCGCUGUUUGGUCUCAAAGCCAUCGCUGUGGUGAUGAUGAUGUCACUUUAUAAAGCUACUGAUUGUAAUCUUGUACGUCUGAGAUUAAGCCGUGGCAUUUUUUCCUUUGUGCAGAGACUUUGACCAAAUCCAGAAAUGAUCACUGAUCUAUUUUUUUAAGAUUGAAAUGUAUAGAUGCAACCCCCCCCCCAUCAAUUUAUUGAUUUGUAUUUCAUUUUUGGACCACAUUGAUCAACGCCACAAAAGGUUUUCUUCUAUAAAUAGUUUUUUGAGCACCUUUAAUGAAAUGUUUUGGGGGUUUUCCACACCCCCCACCUCCCUCACCCCCCACAGGAUGUCCCUGAUCCUCUAGUAUAUUCUUUAUUGAUCCAGCACCGUUUCCUGGACGUUUCCUGCUUUCUCGCGUGUCCGCAGCACAUUUUCUUUCUGUAAAUCUUUUUAUCAUGCAUGAGCUUUCCGUUCACCCAGCGUGAACAUCGGGACCAACAGCAGAUGAGCAUCGGAGUGGAACGCUGUCAGUGUUCGUGUAGACUGGAACCAGUGGCUAGAAAAACGCUAUAGCGCUCAGUUUGGCUGUUAUUGUGACACAGCAGCUGAAGUACAAAGUGCAAACCUGUGUUUUCUUUUUUCCUUUUGAUUUGAAGCUACAAGUGUUCAUUUGUGAGCUCUGUCCAGUGUGAGUCGGACGAUUGUGGUUAAUAAACUUUCCAGAUGUGUUUGAGCUGAAA